GUUUGAUUGCGAUCGCCUAUGGUGCGCAAAGACUUGUGGGUAUGCCACAAAAGGUCUACCGGAAGCGGAAGUAAGCAGAAGUUGGGUGAGCUGAAGAUGUACACACGUGUGUGGGAAGGAUUCCGUUGUUUUUGCCAGUCCUAGAUAGCACUGUGAACCUUUAUAUCUAAAGUGGAGUCUGUAAGCACACACCAAGGAACAGAUUCACCAUGGAGGAUCUGAAGAAAGACAGUCGUUUUUCCCACAUCCCCAAAGACCCUCGCUUCCGCACGGUGCCCAGCCAUGAGCGCAAGGUCAAGGUCGAUAAGCGUUUCCAGGGAAUGUUUAAGGACAAAAGGUUCAAGGUCAAGUACCAGGUGGACAAGCGGGGACGUCCCAUCAACAGGACAUCUAAGGAGGACCUGAGGAGAUUCUAUGAGAUGUCAAGUUCAGAUUCUGAGGAAGAUAGUGAAGAAGAUGUUCAAAUGGAGAAGUCCAAAAGGACAGAAAAGAAGAAAUCAUCAAAGAAUAAAGCAGAAUCAAGGACAGAAAUGGAAGCUCAGAACAAAUCAAGAGAUGAGACAGGCAUGACAUCUAAGAUCACUAAAAGUAGUGAGAGAACUGCUCAGAAAAUAUCAGACAGUGAUAUCCCAGACCAGGACCAAGAAAGCCACCUGGAAAGUUCUGGAGAUGAAACAGAAAGUGAAUCAGGCAGUGACAGUGGACUUGAUCAGCCAGGAAGGGAAGAUUUGUUGAAAGUUAGAAAGCUGGAGUCAGACAGCAGGGAGGGAGGGGAGGAGGAAGAUGAUGAUGAAGAAGAAGAUGACACUGGUGAUGAUGAGUCUGAUGAUGAUGACAGCAGUGAUAAUGAGGAUGAGGGACCCAAGGUUGAUCUGGCUCGAGGUGAAGGGAACAUGGAGACCAGCUCGUCUGACUCUGAGCUGGAGUUUGAUGAGGAGGAGUCAGAACAUGAGUGGGGAGAGUUGGACAAAUCUGCCCCUACGACAGACAAGCCCACCUGCAGGUUUGCAGUGUGUAACAUGGACUGGGACAGGAUCAAGGCUGUGGACCUGCUGGUGGUCUUUAACUCAUUCAAACCCACAGGAGGAGUGGUCAAGUCUGUUAAGAUAUUCCCAUCUGAGUACGGUGGCAAGCGAUUACAGGAGGAAGACCUGCAAGGACCUGCUGAACUGCUAGGGGGAGAUGAUAACCAUGAAGAGGAGAAUGAAACAGAGCAAGGCUCCAAGUACAGUACAGAGAGACUGCGCAGGUACCAGCUGAACAGACUGAAGUAUUACUAUGCUGUGGUGGAGUGUGACUCUGUACAGACUUCUGCUGCCAUCUACAAACAGUGUGAUGGGAUCGAGUUUGAGCUGAGUGCAGCCAGGAUGGACCUCAGAUUUAUCCCAGAUGACAUGACCUUUGAUGACCAGAAGCCGACCCAGGUGGCCACAGACGUGCCUCCGACCUACAACCCUUCCGUGUUCUUCAACACGGCACUGCAGCAGACCAGCGUGGAACUCACAUGGGACGAGACCAACAAGGAACGGCUCAAUGUGACCAUGAGGAAGUUCAAGGAAGAAGACAUCGACAAACUUGACCUGACAGAGUACCUGGCUUCAUCCAGUGGAGAGGAAGAUGCAGGCCUGGCUAAUCUGAUUGGUGCAUCUAGUGAUGAGGAGGAGAAAGAAGAAGAGGAAGAGGAGGAGAUGAAGGAUGAAGACCAGAUAGCCAAGUACCGUGCUCUGCUGCUGGGGCUGGAUAAGAAGGAAGAGAAGACAGAGUUUGAGAAAGACAUGGAGAUGGAGGUGACAUGGGAGCCUGGUCUGCGUGAGAAGGCAGAAGACCUUGUGAAGAAGAAGACAGAAGACAAAAAGAGCACACCCUGGCAACAGUACCUGGAGAAGAAAAAACAAAAGAAGAGAGAAAGGAAGCAGGAACUGAAGAAGAUACAGGAGGAGAGAAAGUUUGAGGAGGUUGAGGAGUCAGGUGAGGAGGACCUACCUGCAGGAGUGGACCUGGGGGAUGAAUACUUCAAGGAGGAGCUCGAGAAGUUACAGACUGAUGACAAGUCCAAGAAGAGAAAGAAGAGAGAGAGGAAAAAAGUGGAGGAGCCCACCCCUGAGGAGGAGAAACAGAAGGCUGAGCUAGAGCUGUUGAUGAUGGAUGGAGAGGACAACAAACGGCACUUCAACAUGAAGGACAUCAUUGAAGCCGAGACCCAGGCUGACGAGAAGAAGAAAGGGAAGAAAAAGAAGGACAGAAACACAACAGAGAAACAAGGGACAAAGCUGGAGGACAACUUUGAGAUUGAUGUGCAGGACCCCAGGUUUGAGGCUGUGUACUCCUCCCAUCUGUACAACAUCGACCCCUCCGAUCCUGGCUACAAGAAAACCAAAGCCAUGGACGCCAUCCUCACAGAGAAGCAACACAGAAGGGCAAAGGGCAAGAAGAGGAAAGUGCCAACAGAGAAAAAAGUUGAUCCAGCAAAGGAACAGACUAAGAGUCAAGAAGCAUCCCUAGACAUGCUGGUGAAGUCAGUUAAGGCCAAAACUAGUCAGUUCCAGGCAAGGAAGAAAAUGAAAUCUUCUUAGCA